AUGAACCAAUAUUUUUAUGAUUUUCAACCCGGCAUCGUCGAUAUUUUACCGACGAUCGCCCGUUUUUUAAAUUUCACCAUUCCAAUCGAAUCCGAACGAGAACUUGAUGGAAUACCUCUAAUAGGCAAUGUAUCUCUAACGAAUCCAGUGAUCCAUCUCAAUGGAAGCGCAUUAAACAUCAGUUGGACAAUGCUGAACAACAUCGGAAAUGUUUCAAUAUGGAUUUCAGAGAAGAAUUUGUUUAGAAAAGGUCUGAUGGAUAAUUAUACAUUGAUUAGUACAGUUCCAAUUGAUCAACAAAUGAUUAACAUUGAUCUUGACAAUUAUUCAUCAUAUUUUUUUAAAAUAGUACUUGAAGGACAAUUCAAUUCAGUAAACAAAUGGAUAUUCCGACCGUGGUAUCGAAAUCAGACCAUUUCUUAG